AUGGCCAUGGGCAAAAUUCACUACUUUUUCUUGCUAAAAUUUAGCAUGGUUUUCCUAGCAGUGGGGGCUGCCAGCAACAGUAAUAUUACUACGGAUCAAUCAGCGCUUCUUGCGCUUAGAGAUCGCAUGAUCACUUCAUCAGAACCUCAAGAAAUCUUGGCAAAAAACUGGUCAGUCACCUCCUCCGCCUGUGAUUGGAUGGGUGUCACCUGCGGCCCUCGACACCGUCGGGUGACUGCCUUAAAUAUCUCAAACAUGAAACUUACUGGCGACUUGCCUCCUCAACUUGGGAAUCUAUCUUUUCUAGUUUCCCUUGACCUCAGCAGCAACAAUUUCCAUGGAGAACUGCCUCGUGAGUUAGCUCACCUGCGGAGAUUAAGAUACCUCUAUCUUGGGAUCAACAAUCUUGGUGGAGAGCUUCCCUCCUGGUUUGGUUAUUUACACAAACUCCAACAGCUGACUCUAAGCAAUAAUAGCUUUUCGGGUUCUCUCCCGCCUUCCAUCUCUAACAUGUCAAAAUUGGAGAGUCUAUGGCUGACAGACAAUUCCAUUGAGGGGACCAUUCCAAUAGAAUUUCAGAAUCUUCAUAGUUUGAAAAUUUUGAUUAUUGAUAGGAAUCAGCUUUCGGGUCCUUUGCCUCUCCACACUUUCAAUAUUUCCUCAUUGCAAAUCAUUUCUCUAUUCCAAAACAGCCUAUCUGGCAUUCUUCCAGACACCAUCUGUCACGCACUUCAUAAACUUACAUAUCUUGGUCUGGGAGGCAAUAAUUUGAUUGGCCAAAUACCUUCAACAUUGUCUCAGUGUUCCAUGCUCCAGACGCUUGCCUUGCCUCUGAACUAUUUAUGGGGACCCAUACCUAAGGCAAUUGGGAACUUGACAAUGCUCGAGACACUAGCCCUGGAGUCCAACAAUUUAACAGCACUUAAUAUUAUGGUAGAGGACGAGGAUCAUGAGCCUACAUCAGUUGAUGAAUGUCGACGUAGAAAUGAUUGGUCAAAAUGGAAAGAUGCUAUACAAUCUGAAUUAGAUUCACUGGCUAAAAGGCAAGUUUUUGGACCUGUAGUUUAA